UUACAACAAAGCUGCGUCAUCAAGCUUGAAGUUGGUUCUGAAUCACAUCCGCUUAAAGGGCUACGUCACAUUUUUUUGAAAAACUAGAUUUUCUUUUUACCAGUUUUGACAGUCGAAAGUUGUUUGUUACAACUUUAAUGAGGAAAGAUUCACAAAAAUACAACAUAAUUUGUGAAACUAAAAGGAGAACUGCUUCAAUGUCUUUUAUUUUCAGUAUCAUGUAGACGACAUUAUAGAAGGGUUCUAAUUAAAUCUUAAAAACUACAAUAUUUAGAUCCGUCACACCAGUUUUGCAUUUCUCUCAAUUUUUCACACUAUUUCACAGCAUACUGCUGCCACCUCUGCGUUUUGUUUGCACUAUUUUCUGUCGAUUUGCAUGCAGCACUGUUUAACUUCCUGCCUAGAGUCCUGGGUUGCACUAAACAGGACUUCUUAUGACUUUCUUCUUUUUCAUAAAGGCCACAAAUAUAGAAAAUUAUUAUUUUUCUUACAGUUCACAACGACUUGCUGAUUUUUAUGGAAGCCUUUUUCCACCACAAAAGAAAAAAAAAUAAAAGUUCUACUGGAAGUUUUAAUAUGGGUUUUUAGACAAUUACAUUUGGAGGUUACUAAGACAGAGAAGACGUGAAGGCACUGUAGAACAAUUCAGACCAAGUUUGAUUCAUCUAAAUCUUUUAAAUAUUAUAUGCGAUCAAAAACUCCAGGCCUAUUAAAACACACAAAUGUCCCUUUAUCAAAGCCUCAAAUCAGAAGCUAACUUUAACAACAUCGCUGCGCCGUGGAGCGGAAGAAGAGCCACACUGGCUAACAGCGUGAGCUACAGCAGAGUCGUUCUUCAGUCGUCAGCGCACACUUGACGGCAUCAUGGAGGAGGAAGCCCCCGCGGACGGCGAGGGGGAGACCCCCCUUUCCGCAGAGACGUACGCCGCCGAGGCCAUGGCUGCGGACAUGGACCCCUGGAUCGUUUUCGACUCCAGAAAUACCCCCAGGUCCGAGUUUGACGGCUGGCUGGAGAGCAACAGACCCUCCCAGGUGUACCGGUUUGGGGACGAGGACAACGGGGUCAGUAGCGUGGGGUGGAUAGCCGUGGUGGGUCCCAACCACUGCCCGUCUACAGGUGACGUGACUGGUCUCCAGGAGAGCUGGGACAAACUGCUAGCCAGCUCCCGGCCUGUCACCUUCCAGACUGUGAAAGAACUGGCCCUCAACCACGGCGUGCUCUCCGGAAAGUGGCUCAUGCACUUGGCCUCUGGCUUCAAGCUGGACCACGCGUGGGAGUGCGUGGCCAGAGCAGCCUUAGAGGGGAAAAUCUCCCUGGUCAAAGUGAGUCCUUACAACCCCAAGGCGGAAGGCAAGCAGGUGAUCUGCGCCUACAACCAGAACUUCACAGACGAAGGCGAAGUGGUGCGCCUGGACUCCUUCAUCCGGGCCACAGGCGUCAAAUGCCCCCUCUCCUACAAGCCAGACGUCUACACCUACCUGGGGAUCUAUCGGAACAACCGCUGGAAGCUCUGCCCCACCAUCUAUGAGAGCAAGUUUGACUUGGAGUGUGUGCCAAGGCGCUCGCACAUUAUCAACAAAGUCACAAAUCUGGAAGUAACAUAAGGAGGAUUAGUUGGGUGCCUUUUUCCCCACGGACUGAUUUUAAGACGAGGCCUUUGGGUGAACCUGUGCGGUAAUCAAAACUGAUCGAGUUUGUAUCUCAACUUCUUCAAUUUCUUUUGACUGGCACAUUUUCUAAGUUCUACCAGGGGUGAUUGCUUUGGAUAGAUUCCAUUCAGGAAUAAAGCACUUAAGGGACUGGCUGGAUUGUUUGAGCCCUCUGCAUGAUUCAGGAGGUGAUUCGAGUUAUGAACGGAACUCAUUGAUUAGAAGGAAUUGGUUAUUUUUUUGAGCUUUAAAUUGUGCUAAGUACUGCAUAUUACACUAUUUCCAAAUAAAACACACAUCUGAAUAACCUUU